UGCGCGGAAACACAACCCACGAAAAAGUAGCUUUGCCAAUUUCAGUGUGUUAACUGCUUCGUUCAUAGCGCCGCUGCUCUUGGUUUGGGAGCUUAAUUGCAGCUCCAAAAGUUUCCCCUGAUUUCGUAGAAUUUAAGAGUGAAAAUGUGUGAACAGAGUGAGCUGGCGGAAUAACACAUGCUCAGUACUGGCAGCUGUACUCGCCCCUGGAUUUGUGAAAGCAGGAAGUGUUACUCAGGAUUCAAAAUAAAAAUCCAAAGUCCCUGAACUUCACUUGGUAUCCUCGAGUAACGGACAAAGUUUGGAGCAAGAAGGACGUUCCUUCAAAGGUUCUUGUUUGCACUGACAAAUGGCAAGAGGACAGUUUUCUAAAUUGGAAGUUCUACUCAUUGUUUUGUUCAUCUUAGUGGUUAUUGUGGCCAUUGUCUUAAUCGCACUUUUAGCCACUGACCAACAACCAGAAACUACUGAUAAAGGUGAAACCCUGCCUUUCAUUUCUUAUUGUCCACACACCAUUCAAGAUAAUGAUCGAGUUAACUGCUUUCCAGAUGAUGGAGCUUCAAAGAAAGACUGCGAAGCCCGAGGCUGUUGCUGGAAACCAGUGACAAGUGGAAAUGGCCCUUGGUGCUAUUUUGCUUCAAACAUUGGAUACAGAGUUCAGGAAAGCCCAAGGAAAACUCCAAGAGGAUUUGAAACUCAGUUGAAUCGAUUGCAUUCUCCCUCCCUUUAUGGAAAGGAUAUUGAAACGUUGCUAUUGACUGCAGAAAUGCAGACCACAAAUCGCUUUCGAUUCAAGAUUACAGAUGCUAAGAAACGUCGGUAUGAAGUUCCACAUGAAAACAUUAAACCAUUUAAGGGCCCUGCAACAUCAAAUCCUAAUUAUGAAGUUGAAAUUAAGCAGAAUCCUUUUGGAAUUGUGGUCACCAGAAAGUCCAGCAGAACUGUUCUGUUUGAUACUUCAGUAGGACCCCUGCUGUUUGCUGAUCAGUAUUUACAAAUAACUGCCAAACUUCCCAGUCACAACAUCUAUGGACUAGGAGAGCAUGUUCAUAAACACUUUCGCCAUGACACUAAUUGGAAGACCUGGCCUAUCUUCACCAGAGAUGCAUUUCCUAAUGGGGGAAUGCAUAAUCUCUAUGGACACCACACUUUCUUCAUGUGUCUGGAAGGGGACAGUGGCUUAGCCUUUGGUGUGUUUUUGCUGAAUAGUAAUGCUAUGGAGGUCGAACUUCAACCAAGCCCAUCAAUAACAUAUCGGACAAUUGGUGGAGUUCUGGACUUUUAUAUCUUCUUGGGUUCUUCACCUGAAGAUGUUGUUCGAGAAUACUUAACGCUGAUUGGCAAACCCAUGAUGCCUGCAUACUGGUCUCUGGGAUUCCAACUUAGUCGCUGGGGUUACAAGAGCCUCGAUGAAGUUAAAGCUACAGUGGAAAGGAACAGAAAAAUAAAUCUCCCAUAUGACACCCAGAUCACUGAUAUUGACUACAUGGAAAACAAAAAGGAUUUUACUUAUGACAGGGAAAAAUAUCGCAAUCUCCCUGAAUUUGCACAUGAUUUACAUAACCAUGGGCAAAGGUACAUCAUCAUUUUGGACCCAGCCAUAAGCACCCAGAAGCUGAUUAAUGGUCCAUACCAUUCUUAUGAUAGAGGCACGGAAAUGGGAGUCUGGAUCAAUGAAUCUGAUGGAAGGACACCCCUUUUGGGGGAGGUCUGGCCAGGUGAAACUGUCUUUCCAGACUAUACAAAUCCCCAGUGCGUUAAGUGGUGGGUAGGCGAAUGUGAUAAAUUCUAUCAAGACAUAAAAUACGAUGGGCUUUGGAUUGAUAUGAAUGAAGUGUCGAGUUUCAAACCAGGUUCAAUAAAAGGAUGUAUUAAAAACAAUUGGAACCAUCCUCCUUUCAUUCCAAGGAUUCUUGACAAAUUAAUGUACUCCAAGACUCUCUGCAUGGAUGCCCAACAAACUCAGGGAAUACAUUAUGAUCUACACAGUCUUUAUGGUCACUCGAUGAUACUAGCUACUGAACAAGUAAUUAACCAUGUGUUCCCUGGGAAACGUAGUAUUAUUCUAUCUCGAUCAACUUUUGCUGGCUCAGGAAAAUACACAGGACAUUGGUUGGGAGAUAAUGCAGCAAACUGGAAUGACAUCAAAUGGGCAAUUCCUGGAAUGCUAGAGUUUAAUCUCUUUGGUAUUCCAUAUAUUGGGGCAGACAUUUGUGGUUUCUUUGAUAAUUCAACUGAAGAACUGUGUAGGAGAUGGAUGCAGGUCGGAGCUUUUUAUCCAUUUUGUCGGAACCACAAUGCUGAAAAUUAUGCACCUCAAGAUCCAGCUGCUUUUGGUGAAAACUCACUUUUAGUGAACAGUUCCAAACAUUACCUGAAUAUCCGGUACACAUUGCUUCCUUAUCUCUACACCCUCUUUCACAAGGCUCAUGUCUAUGGAGACACCGUCGUUCGACCACUGCUUCAUGAGUUUCCUUCAGACAAUGCAACAUGGACUGUUGACCGUCAGUUUCUAUGGGGACCUGCUCUUCUUAUCACUCCUGUGUUGGAUCCUGGCCAAGAAUUUGUCAAUGCCUAUGUGCCUGAUGCUGUUUGGUACGAUUAUGAAACAGGUGCUGCCAUAACUUCUCGAAAGCAGUUUGUGAAUAUGCAUAUACCAGCAGCUAAACUGGGACUUCAUGUCAGAGGGGGAUUUAUCUUUCCAACACAACAGCCAGCAAAUACUACAUUCUAUAGCCGGAAGAAUCCUCUUGGUCUCCUCAUUGCCCUUGAUGAACAAGGGAAGGCUAGUGGAGAGUUAUUCUGGGAUGAUGGAGAAUCCAGAGAUACUUUCCAGAAGAACCUUUACACUGACUAUCAGUUUACAGUUGUGGAGAAUACUCUGCACAUCAAAGUAGUGAAGAAAGGAUACACUGAUCCAAACCAGCUUAAAUUUGAAGAAAUAAGAAUUCUUGGCAUCAGGAGUGUUCCAACAUCAGUCAAUGUGAUUCACGGUACUCAAGUCACAAUGUUACCACCAGAAAAUAUCAAGUAUGAUGCAGAAACUAAGGUUGCUCAUUUGACAGGUUUACAGCUUAUAUUUGGAGAGCCAUAUUCAGUACAGUGGAAUUCUUCAAAGAUUUUAAAAAUCGACUGUCACCCAGAAGAAAAUGCAAAUAAAUCUGUCUGUAAAGAUCGAGGCUGUAUAUGGGCUAGGGCUGACAAUCAUGCUGAACCUUGGUGUUUCUAUGAAAGUGAUUAUGGCUACAUAAUGAAUGUAGCCAAAGGGAUUAGGCAAACAGCAAAUAGUAAGAGUGUUGAAAUUAAAAGGAAUACAGCAUAUCCGGAGCGUUACAAAGGCCAGACACCAACUGUUGAAACCCUCCAGGUCGAUGUCACAUACUUAAAUGACCACAUGUUAAAUUUUAAGAUUUUUGAUCCUCUGAUAAAGAGGUUUGAAGUUCCAAUCCAACUGAAUAUUCCCAACCCGACACCUGGAAAUGGUUUUUCAAGACUUUAUGAGGUUGAGUUUGUCAAUUAUCCUUUUGGGAUCCAGGUCAAAAGAAAGAGUUCUGGUACAACAAUUUGGAAUUCUCAAGUUGGUGGCUUCACAUUUACUGAUCAAUUCAUUCAAAUUACAACUCUACUCCCUUCAAAGUAUAUAUAUGGUUUCGGAGAAAAUGAACAUCGGAGUUUUAGACAUGAUCUGAACUGGAAUACAUGGGGAAUGUUUGCCAAGGAUCAGCCACCUGGUUAUAAACUGAACAGCUAUGGGAGCCAUCCCUUUUAUAUGGGUCUUGAAGAGAAUUACAAAGCACAUGGUGUAUUUCUGUUGAACAGCAAUGCAAUGGAUGUAACACUUCAGCCAGACCCUGCUCUGACAUAUCGCACUAUUGGAGGAAUCCUAGAUUUUUAUAUGGUUCUUGGUUCUACUCCAGAAGAAGUAGUUGAACAAUACACGUCACUUAUUGGACGUCCAGUCCUGCCACCUUAUUGGUCACUAGGGUUCCAGUUAUGUCAAUAUGGAUACAAGAAUGACAGUGAAGUAGCUGAUUUGUACAGAGACAUGAAGAAUGCGGGAAUACCUUAUGACAUUCAGUAUGUUGACAUUGAUUACAUGGAGCGGCAGUUGGACUUUACUCUUGAUGAGGAUGACUUCCAGAACUUGCCAAAUUUGUUCAAGCAAAUGAGAAGUGAAGGGAUGAGAACUAUCAUCAUUUUGGAUCCAGCAAUUUCAGGAAAUGAAACCCAGUCCUACAAAGCAUUUACAAGUGGACUAGAUAAAAAUGUAUUCAUUAAUUGGAAAGGUAGCUCUGAUAUCGUGUGGGGGAAGGUAUGGCCAGAUUUUCCAAAUGUAACAGUGGAUACAUCAAAGGACUGGGACUAUCAAGUGAAACAUUAUCGGUCUUAUACUGCUUUCCCAGACUUCUUCCGCAACACAACAGCAGAGUGGUGGCAGGCAGCGAUUAGAGAUUAUUACACCAAUCCAACUGAUCCAAAUAGAAGUGUGAAGUUUGAUGGGCUUUGGAUUGAUAUGAAUGAACCAGCAAGCUUUGUUCAUGGAUCCGUUACAGGCUGUCUUGAUACCAAAUUGAACAAACCACCCUAUAUGCCGGCACUUGAGUCAAAACACAUGGGACUAAAUCACAAAACCAUGUGCAUGGAGAGCGAGCAGUUUCUGGCAGAUGGAACUUCUGUAAGACACUAUGAUGUGCAUAAUCUUUAUGGAUGGUCACAAACAAAACCAACAUUGAAAUCUUUGCAGAACAUAACUGGAGAGCGAGGGAUUGUGGUGACUCGUUCAACUUUCCCAACUAGUGGACAAUGGGCAGGGCACUGGCUUGGAGACAACACAGCUGCCUGGGACCAGAUGCAUAAAUCAAUCAUUGGAAUGAUGGAGUUCAGUCUAUUUGGAAUUUCUUAUACAGGAGCAGACAUAUGUGGCUUUUUUAAGAACACUACCUAUGAACUCUGCCUUCGAUGGAUGCAGCUUGGAGCAUUCUAUCCCUAUUCUAGGAAUCACAAUUCAAUAGGGUGUAAAAGACAAGAUCCUGUGGCCUGGAAUGAAACAUUCCAAAAUAUCUCAAGGGAUAUUCUUUUAACACGUUACAAAUUACUGCCAUUUCUCUACACACUGAUGUAUGAAGCUCAUCAUAAUGGUACAACAGUAAUAAGACCACUGCUUCAUGAGUUUUUUGAGGAUAGAACAACAUGGGAUAUUGAUCGGCAAUUCCUUUGGGGUGGAGCAUUGAUGAUUACUCCUGCAUUGGAGGAGGGGGUAACCACUGUGCAUGCAUAUAUCCCUGACUCUCGCUGGUAUGAUUGGUUCACAGGAAAAAGAAUCCUCCAAAGAAGGAAGUGGAUUAAAAUGUCAACGCCACUUGAUCAUAUCAAUGUUCAUGUCAGAGGAGGCUCCAUUAUUCCCUGGCAGGUACCAGGGAACACUACGUAUUACAGCCGCAAGAACUUCCUAGGAUUAGUUGUUGCUUUGGAUGACAAUCAAGCUGCUAAAGGUCGCCUUUACUGGGAUGAUGGUCAGAGCAUAGAUACAGUUGAAAGAAAUGAGUACUUCCUGGCUGAAUUCACUGUUGAUAAGAAUACUCUGAAAACUAAAAUAUUGCACUUCAAUCAAACGAGUACAGCAAAUGAGCUGAAACUGGGUUAUCUUCAGGUCUGGGGAGCAGGAACUAUUCCAAUCAAAAAUGUCACUGUAACUUAUGAAAAUGUAACAUAUACUAACAUCAACUUUCAGUAUGAACCUCAGUCACAGGAACUCUCUAUUGAAAUGAUAGACGAAGUCUUCUGCAUCGAUAAGCCAUUAACAAUUAUUUGGAAAACAGAACCAUGAAUAUUAAUUUAGUAAACAUUAAGGAGCACUAUUGGCAUGCAGAUAAUUUUUUUGGAAAAAUUUCAUUAUUACAUUUUGAUGAAUGAAGACUUACAAGGAACUUUGUGAAGAAAAUAAACAGAGUA